AUAGAAAACCACAAGUACAAAGUUGCUUCCCAGCAUUUUAACUAUGCAAACAUUUAAUUUGCUUCAAUUAGUUAUUUACAAAUCUUUCAUAUAUUGCUUUUAUCAGACUAAGAGCUCGGGACUGCAUCCUGGAUCACACUGACACUUUUCAGAAGAGAUGCCGGGCAGCUGACUGCAGCCCAGUGAGAAAUGUAGACUCUGGCCUUUUUGUGGAUACUCCUCAGUACGGACUAACGGAGGAAUUCACUGGUUUUGCAUUUGCAAGUCCCCCUGGAGUUAUGCCAUUCCAGCCCUGUGAUGUCAGACCUCUAGUUUGUUAUUUCAGGUAGCUCAGUGUGGACGGAGCCCUAGCCACCCACAGGAUGCUUUCCUGCAGUGGUCCUGGCUGUACGAAGACACAUAGAGGUUGCAUUAAAGUAGAACCUUGCUGCUGUGAAUAGAGCUUAACAUGAAACUCACUGGAAUCGUCGGCAUCCAGGAGCGCUAUGGAGCAAUUUUCAACAUGGAGGAGAAAUUGUUACAUGUGUCUGGUAAUAGAAGACAGUAUUUCACUGACAGAAAACUUAUACUGAGCGGCGUAGCAACACCCUGGCACCAAACCUCUAACUCCAAAGUGAAUGGAACAAGUAUGAGAGCUGUGGUGACAGGCGGCGGAGGCUAUUUUGGAUACAAGCUGGGAUGUGCUCUUGCCAAGGCAGGAGCUUCUGUUGUUCUGUAUGACAUACACAAGCCCACCUGGGAAAUUCCCAAUGGAGUAGUGUGUAUCCAGGCAGAUGUCAGGGAUUAUGAUGCCAUAUUUGCAGCCUGUGAAGGGGCUGACUGUGUGUUUCAUGUAGCUUCAUAUGGAAUGUCAGGAAGAGAGCAAUUGCACAGAGAAGAGAUUGAGACUGUAAAUAUUCAUGGAACAAGAUUCAUCAUUGAUGCCUGUAAACAAAGGAACAUCACUAGAUUGAUAUACACCAGUACAGUAAAUGUGGUGUUUGGAGGGCUUCCUAUUGAAGAUGGAGAUGAGGAAACUGUGCCAUAUUUUCCAAUUGAAAAGCAUGUUGAUCAUUAUUCCAGAACCAAAUCAAUUGCAGAACAAAUGGUACUAGCAGCUAAUGGAACUCCACUAGCAGGAGGUGGAAUACUCUAUACGUGUGUUCUUCGCCCACCAGGCAUCUAUGGACCAGAUGAGCAAAGACACUUGCCAAGGCUAGCAAAGAAUAUUGAGAGAGGGCUCCUUAGCUUCAAGUUUGGGGAUCCUUCUGCUAAGAUGAACUGGGUGCAUGCACAGAACCUUGUACAAGCUCAAAUUCUAGCUGCUGAAGCUCUCACCCCUGAAAAGAACUACAUAGCUAGUGGCCAGGUGUAUUUCAUUAAUGAUGGUGAAAAAUUCAACCUUUUUGAAUGGUUAACUCCACUUUUUGAAAGAUUAGGUUGCAAUAAGCCAUGGAUACGUAUUCCUACUUCCUUAGUUUAUGCAUCAGCCAUGAUAAUGGAAUACCUCCAUCUGACGCUGAAGCCAUUUGUUGAACUGUCCCCACUGCUGACUAGAAAUGAGGUACAGAACAUUUCUAUAACUCAUACAUUUCGAAUAGACAAGGCGCGGAGUCAGCUGGGGUACAGCCCAGAGAAGUUUGCAUUUGCCGAUUCUGUGGACCAUUACAUUAAAACCAGACCAGAAGCCCAGCGUCAUCACAUCUUCCUCAAAGUUUUGCUUUCUUUAAUUGUUAGUUUAAGUUUGAUCUUUCUUUCUUUAAGAUUUGAUAGCCUUUCAGUUCUGCAUUUUUUUAAAGAAAGACAACACUGACUUGCAUAAACUGCACAUACACAGUCACAGUACUGCUACCUGGAUCAUUCCGAUCUCCACAAUAGUUACUUGUCCCAAUGCAAUAAACGGGCAGUUAUUUUUAGAUUUAAAACCAAAACUGUAACAUAUCAGUAGCUGUACUUGAGAAAUUAAAAUACAGUACACAGUUAUGGCCAAAUCACUGAAACACACUAGGGUCAAGAUUGUUGCCUCUGUUCAUUUCACACCCAAAAAAUAUAAUUUCCAAAUUGAUUGCUGAAGUCAAUGAAACCUGCAGGAAGAACAAGAGCUACAGCCAGUCUGCAGUGCUUUACUGGUAAAGAAAAAUGGCUAAAGUAAGGAGAAAAACUGACCACAGCUGCUGGCAUGGCUCACUACCUUGGGGAAUGUGCAAAGGGACAGACAUGACUGUGAAUAACACAUCCCAGCCAUACAGACAGUUCACACUGUGUGACUUUCUUUCAUGAAUCAGCUGUAUCACUGCAUAUGAGGGGAAAU